CCUUCACCCAAAAUAUCAUCAGACACUCUCCUCAACACAUGGCACACCACUUCCUCCUACUCCAACCUCCAGAUCUACCUCUCCCGUCUCUCAUCAGCCUCAACAGGUGUCUCACUCAACUCUGACAUACUCGAUCAUCCAUCACCACAAACACAAGCCAUCAUCGCAUUCAUCGACCAACUCCACUUAGUCGCAGAACGCGUCCCUCCACUGCCAACACCACAGAGAUACGGCAAUCUCGCUUUCAGAUCAUUUGGUCACCAGCUCUCCCUUUCCCUCCCUACGCUGCUACGGGAGUUGUUGCCAGACGCCUACCAUCCAGCAGUCCCUUUCCUCGUCCCCCAUUUACUCUCCUCAUUCGGAAAUUUCACACGAAUGGACUACGGAACAGGGCACGAACUCUCAUUCCUCCUCUUCCUCCUCACACUCUCCCUCCUCCGAUACCUCCCUUCCUCAAACCAACAAGACCUCGAAUCCUCCCUCCUCAUUUUCCCGAGGUAUCUCUCCCUCGCUUGGUUUAUACAGGACAGGUACCGCCUUGAGCCUGCAGGGUCACACGGCGUUUGGGGACUGGACGACUACCACUUCCUACCGUAUUUGUUGGGCGCUGCGGAGCUUGUGGGGUCAGGGACGACACCGGAGUCCCAACCCCUCCCCCCACCAAACCUCUACACCCUCCUAAUUCAGCGUCUCCACACCCUCAAAUCCGGUCCCUUCGCCUCCCAUUCCCCGCAGCUAUAUAGUAUCACUUCCGUGCCUACGUGGAGUAAGGUCCUGAAGGGGUUGAGGAGGAUGUAUGAGGUUGAGGUCUUGGGGAAGAGGGUGGUGGUGCAGCAUUUGGCAUUGGGAGGGGUGCUGGGGUGG